CUUCACGCUCAUUGAUUAUGAAUGGACUGCGUUUGAAUGAUAAAAUAUAGCUAGGAAGUAAAUUUGGAAUAUAGGUUUCUUUCGUGUUUUCUGAAAAGAUUAAAUUGCCUAUCUCCAUGGGAAAUUCAAUUUUAGAAUAGAACGGCGAUAAAUUGACUCUACCGAGUGAUCGAGUUUGUGUAGGAUUUGCUGCUCUGAUUGUUUGAAAACAAAGAUGCCUGCCGUUCGAUGUCCCGUCCCUGGAUGUGAUUAUAUCACGGAUGACGUGGAUUCUGCCAUCGUUGUUGCACUCAUUAACGCACACAGUGCAUCACAUACUGGUGGAGAAGCCGUCAAAGUCGAACACGUUGGGCGUCCAACAACGACUGCCGCUGGAUCAGGCGAAGACGUCAAAUCGCCAAUAGCGACGGCACGCGCUGAGAGUGUAGAUGAAAAAAUGUUAAAACAAUCUGGCCUAAAGAUAUGCUUUAAAUACAAUGGCAGAGGUUGUGAAAGAGUUGGCUCUUGUUCUUACAUACAUAUUUGCAAGAGUUACGUAAAAGGUGUGUGUGGAUCUGGAAAGUGCAGUAGAAGUCAUGAUAUCUGCGAUCCCGCAGUAAUAUCAGCUCUUGACAAACACGGAAUAAAUACGAAGAAACCAAAGAGAGAAAUUCUUGCUGAAUUCAAAGCAGCCAUAAAAGAUAACGAAAGCAUGAGCAGUCGUGGAGAAGGUGGAAAUUCAGAAGAUAGAUUAGAAGACAUCUCUGGAGGAAACGCAAAUCGCACGAAAUAUCUAAAAUUAUGUCACAAAUACAACGGCAGCGGUUGUGAAAGAGAUGACUCUUGUCCUUACAUACAUAUGUGCAGGACUUACGUGGAAAGCAAGUGUGGAAAAGAGUGUAGUAAAAAUCACAACAUCUUCGAUCCUAGAGUUAAAGAAAUACUUGAAAAACAUGGAGUAGAUAUAAACAGAAAGCCGAAAGAAAUACUUGCUGACAUCAAGGUAGCCUUAAAAGAUGACAGAAGCAAGAGCAAUCGUGACGAAAGUAGAAAUUCUAAAGCUGAGAGUGUAGAUGUAAAAAUGUUAAAGCAAUCUGGCCCAAAGAUAUGCUUUAAAUACAAUGGCAGAGGUUGCGAAAGAGUUGACUCCUGUUCUUACAUACAUAUUUGCAUGAGCUACGUAAAAGGUGUGUGUGUAUCUGGAAAAUGCAGUAGAAGUCAUGAUAUCUGCGAUCCCGCAGUAAUAUCAGCUCUUGACAAACACGGAAUAAAUACGAAGAAACCAAGGAGAGAAAUUCUUGCUGACUUCCAAGCAGCCAUCAAAGAUAACGAAAGCAUGAGCAGUCGUGGUGGAGGUGGACAUUCAGAAGCCACAAGAACUUCUUCAAGGAAAAUAAUAUGUCUCUUUAACCUCCGUGGAAGAUGCAGAUGGAAAUAUUGUCCAAACGUUCAUUCAGAACUACCAUAUCAAUGGAGAUGGAAAAGCCUGUCUGAGAAAGACUGGAUUAUUUUAAGCGAGCACGAAUAUAUUCUAGUGGAACAUACAUACUCAGAUCCAUCUAAUCGAGGAUACACACUCGCUUCUGAGACAGGUGUCAAUAUAACCUUUGACUUUCAAACUAUGACUGGAACCGGCACCGACAGACAGACUGACACAAGCUAUAUUAUUCGCCGAAUAUCGACACCGUCGGCGGUGGAGUAUACUCGGGAUCGAUGGGCAACUGUAUGGCAAUGGUACUGGAAAAAUGAAGAUGGAAAAUGGAUAAAAUAUGGAAAUAUGACUGGUCCUUCUAACAUUAGGCAAAUAUCGAAUAAUGAUAUUGAACAAGCCUACAUCAACAAUCCAGAAGGCCAGAUAGCUUGUGGUGGGAAAAACAACUUUAUUGAUUUUUCAUGGAUGACGCAAAUUGAUGUGGCCGAUAAAACCGUAGUAGAAGUUUGUCGUAGACCAACUUUCGUUAGUGAAAGGGAGGCAAAAGAAAAAAGACGGCAACUUGACCUCAAACUAGAACAGAAAGUACCGGUAUCUAGUACCGUGGACCUGUCUGCACUACCACCCAACUGGAAAGUGUCACCAGGAGAAGACAUAUCAGACCAUCGUCAACUUACUACGUUACAGGAUUCUGACACCGAGUACAAGGAAAUUGAAUCAUUGUUUUAUGAAUGUCCACCAGCUGCAGCCCUUAUCAAAUCAAUAAAGAGAAUUGAAAAUGGUGAUUUGUGGGAGAAUUAUGUCAGUAGGCGGACAAAGAUGUUAAAGAAAAAGAGUAAAGAGGAGGUUGGUGAAAGACGAGUUUUUCACGGUACAAAGAACCAGUACAUAGAUCCUAUCUGGCACCAGGGGUUUGAUUUCAGGCUAAGUGGAGAAACAACAGGCACGCUAUAUGGUAAAGGAUGUUACAUUGCGACAUCUUCUAAAUACUCCGAUUAUUACGCAGAUGUAGGGGAGGAUAUUGUAAUGUUUGUUGCAAAAAUCUUACCGGGGGCAUAUGUACGUGGAAAAAAAGAAUACAAGCGACCUCCACACAAAGACGAGGGAAACUUGUCCAGUGAGCUCUACGAUUCAUGUGUUGAUGAUGAAAGCAAUCCACAAAAAUUCGUUAUAUUUGAUAACAAUCAAAUAUACCCGGAAUAUUUGAUCACGUACAACUACUUGUACUAAUCUAGUUUGAUGUAAAAUUAGUAAUUAAAAAGAUAUCUAUUUGAUUUUUUAUUUUAUUAGAGUUAAACUCACAUUUACAAUUCUGUUGCAAGUCUAUAAGAGGUGCAAAAAUUAUGACAAAAAGCCACAAAAAAAUCAACUGUUUUAAGAUUUAAAUGGAUCUUGGUGAGUGGUCGGAAUAUCGGGAAAGAGGCCCAAAAUCAAAACUGUAAAACACAUCAAUUUCUUUCUUUUAUUAUUUGUUAUUAUGCUAUGUGUUUUAAAAAAAGAAUGCUUCAGUACUUAAGCGGUGAGCCUUCGUGCAUGCGUCUGUGUAUGUUUGCGCAUGUGUAUGGGUGAAAGUGCGUGCGCGCCUACAAUACAAAUGAUAUCGGUCAAAGGGUGGAUAGAUAUGGGUUAAUUAGCUGGGAUAUGGUCUGUUUUAUUUAAAGCCUUCUCUGAUUCACAUUUGCUCGUUUUAGCAAAAACGUAUCAAUCUGUGUGAAGAAAGGUAAAAGAUAAUAAAUCAUGUUUCAUCAAUCACUGUUUCACCAAACAUUGCAUGUGUAUCCAUUUUUGUUGACCUCAAUAGUUUUGUAAUAUUCCUUAUAUCUGUAACAGAACUUAAAGCAAAAUACUUUAAAUAUUAUGUUAGAUGAACUCGUUCGCCUUUAUCCCGAUAAAUUAUUCAUGACAUUUGUUUUAGUAUACAGGUGCACUCAGUGCCAUCCUGGUAUAGGAAAUAUAGGAAAACUAGAUACACUAAAGGAUUACAUGUUUCAUGUUCUAAGAUUUAUUUCAAUCAAUGAAUGCACUUUUUGGCAGCUAUAUACAUGUAUGAUGUAUGAAUUUGUUUAAUUUCAUUUGAUUUUGUUCUAUUUAUUUCAGAUAAUCAAUGUCUCUUUUUCUUAGCACGUAUCAAAAUGUGUAAAUGUUUGUAUAGAAUUUUAUGAAUUCAGAUAAAAAUUCUCUUUAUAGAAAUUUGUUUAAAUUAUUUUCAAACGUGCUUAAUCUUGAAAACAUUAAUAUACAUAUCACGGUGAAGUAUGGUAUGAAAACUUUGGGAUUAGUUAAAACUGAAACUCAGACGGCAUUUAAUUGAUAAACUUUCAACAACUUACUAUAUAUUAUUGUAGCAAAGUCAAGUUCCGCUUGUAUGAUUUCAAUUUAUAAAAUAAUUCAAUGUAUGUGUUUGUAUGUACAUAUCCUUCCAUUUGUAUUGUUUCUAUUUUCUAUAUUGUGUCAAUUAAUUUUUUAAGAGAGAAUACACUUUGAUUUCUGCACGAAUAACAACUGUUUGGCGGGAACUAACGU